UCAGUUUUUAUCCGGCGCUGUGCGAAGCGUCCGUCAGUGUGACAGCCGGGAAGAGCGAAUUUGUUAUUGCAUCGAAUUUCGUCCGGUUUUUUCAUCAGUGAACAGUGAAAUUUGCAGUUUUUUCAAGAGAAACGACCAAAUCAUCAGUGAGAAACAAGCAGGAGAGCGAGAUCGGAUCAAAAUAAGAUGUGAAACACUGAAGAACGCUAGAAUUUUAUCCUUGGAAAAUACGAAGAAAGAACAACAUUCAAAACUAAGAAAAAAAAACAAAACUAACAAGAACUUCCCGGCAAUUUUUUUGAAAAUAUUUUAUAAACUAACUGUUUUUUAAUCCCCUCGACUGAAAUAAAACUAUAUACCACCUAAAUAUUUUUGAAAAUAUACAUAAGAAAACUUUUUGACCCGCUUUACAAGCAUCCUACGCCAAAAUGAUAUUUGUCUAAAUAAGGAAACGAAUUAUUGAGGGAACAAAACGCACAAACCCCAAUCAAAAUGACGCAGCAACUGGACAACUAUCCAGGUUCCAGACUGCUGGAAGGACUGAGUAGCUACACUAGUCUCCAAGUCGAUCAGCUCAAUUUCAUCGCUUCCCAAGUUUUCGCCCUCGGUUUGGCAACGUUGUACAGGACAGUUUUAAGUCCAGCUAAGGUCAGCCCAUCAGUCAGACAUUCUUUUGGACUUAUUUUUGGACUAUGGAUGGGAUAUUUUUGUUUUGGAUAUCAGGCCUUACACUUGGCAGCUCUUCCUGCAGUUUGUUAUUUAGUUAUUUUAACGCAGAACCCCGCAAUCAUGCACGGGGCAGUCCUGUUCACUGCCAUGCUGUACCUGUCCUUGGUCCAUCUGCACCGCCAGUUCCUGGACGACAGUUCGUUGGACAUUAGCGGUCCGCUGAUGGUCAUCACGCAGAAAGUGACCAGUUUGGCCUACAGCUUACACGACGGCACGGUGAAGGAGAGAGAAUCACUCACAGAAAAUCAGAAAUAUCAUGCUGUAGAUAAACUGCCGUCAGUUUUGGAAUUUUUCAGCUAUUCGCUGAUGUUCCCGUCGUUGAUGGCCGGCCCCGUCAUCUUCUACAAGGACUACAUCAGCUUCAUCGAAGGCCAAACCCUAACCCCCACCAAGAAACCCACCACUUCUAUGCAGAAAGUCAUCGUCCACGAGCCCAGCCUCAAUCGCGUGGUCUUCCAGAAACUCAUUCUCGGCAUCGUAUGCGCUUUAGUCUUCGUCCUGUUUCUUCCAGCCUUCCCUAUCAGCAGACUCAAAGACGACAACUUCAUAGAAAACACCACGUUCAGCUACAAGUUUUGGUAUUUAACUGUGGCAACUACCUUAGUGAGAACCAAGUAUUAUUUCGCGUGGACUUUGGCGGACGCCAUUUGCAAUAACGCGGGAAUGGGAUGGGACGGAACAAACUGGAACAAGUUCUCCAACGUGGAUAUAUUCAAGUUCGAGUUCGGAACGAAUCUUAAAGAGAGUAUAGAUGCUUGGAACAGAGGCACAAACUCUUGGUUACGUUUUAUAGUUUACGGAAGAGUACAAAAAUACUCGACCUUCCUCACGUUCGGAUUAAGCGCGUUGUGGCACGGUUUCGAAUUAGGGUACUACCUAACGUUUAUGAGCGGCGCCCUCUUUACCAUAGCUGCGCGGACGGUCCGUAGACAUCUGCGCAGUCACUUCACGUCUUCCUCCGAGUCGAAGUUGCUGUACGACCUGAUAACCUUCGCCACGACGCGUUUUGUGAUGGCCUAUCUCACGUUCCCGUUCAUACUUUUGGAGUUCUGGCCCUGUAUAGCGGUGUACGCUAAGCUGUACUGGAUCGUGCACUUGCUGGCGCUGUUAGCUGUCUACGCUAUUCCCAGGUUUCUUCCUAAGGCUUUGCCUGGCGAGGAGGUGCAACAAAACGGGAUAGCUAUAGCGCUGAAAAAGGCUGGCCCGUAUUCGGAGGCGAUGGGCAAAGUAGACUGAUUUUAUUUAGUAUUGUAACGAUUCUCGAGGAGAAUCUGAAGGUUGUUAUUUAUUUU